CUUGCGCCUUCAGACAGCUUCCUCUGUGUCUAGUAAGAGUAUCCUUUGAGCAUCAGCGAGUUUUUAGACUAGGAGAGUCUCAACUAUCUACGUGAGGGUUGUUCUAUGGGCCUGUUAUCCGUCCUGGACUUCUGAGGCGAGAGCCGGCAAGAAAUACCACGUUUUGCCUCUUUCAGCGACAUCGCCCAUCAGCAAAGUGAACUGCAAUCAGGCGUUGCGUCUGAGUCUGUUAUUUACCUUGACGCGCUUGUCGAGUAGCUUUCACCGACUUGCGUGGUGAAUACUCAUCACCCCUCUCCCCUGCCUCCUUUUUGAGACAAGAACUUCUUCUCCCAACUUCUCUCUUUCUCCUUUUUUCACCACCAAAGGCCUUGAGAGUUGUUACUGCCAUGGCACGGAAUCUCCGUUCAUCGGCUCGUACGAGCCCUUAUCCCUCGCGGCAAUCAACUCCUUUGAAUGCCAAAACGGGUAACUCCUUUACCGACACUUCGAGGACGCCAAAACAUGGACGGCGUACCGGUAGAGAUUCUCGUGCUGGCACUGAUCCGGGUCCAGACGGUAAUGAACAGUCUGGAAAGACAGCUGUCAAUUCAACAGCGAGUCCUAAUGGAACAGACACUUCUUCACCGUCGACUGGUUGGACCGAACCUCCUGUGAAGGUCCCGGUGCCAAGCUACCAGGAUACGCCUUGGUCCGGAGUUUGCAACAAUCAAAAUCCAGUACUCCAAACGAUGCGCCCUUUAGGCCAACCACCGACACCUGCAGAUUUGCGAAAGGUCGGCUUAAUGCCUGCAAAGCCGUCGCCACGCGCUACUCCCGCAAACGGUAAGCCAAGGGGCCCUGUCAACGGAAACAAGGGCGAUAAACAGCACAAGUCCCCUUCAUCGAGGAAAGAGCGCGUGCCUUGGGACGACAACUCAAAGGCUGGAUUUGAGCAAGAUUUUGCCGCUCUCGCAGCGCUACCUACACCUAUUUCUAACGAAUUCGAAGUCAACAAACUUAUGGCCGUUAUUGAGGCAUCUAUGCGCAUGGCUGCCGCAACAGAAAAUCGUGCCAUUUCGCGUGGCCUGGUUCGUAUCUGGGCAAACAGUAGCAAGGAUCGAUUUUCGCUUUUUGUUCUUGAUGGCAUGGCUAAAUCAGAGCCCGGCCCCCGUGAGAUUUCAGCUUUCCAGGCCUUGAUUCGCCGUGCUAUCAAGGAGGUUCGCGCGGAGGAUAGCUCGGUUUCAACACAUGCAGCACCGGCUAUGAUCCGCGCUAAUUCAGUCGCCAGUACUUCUUCACUAUCAUCGGCAAAGUCGCUGGACGCUGAAACGUUCGCUCCGGGCGUGGCCAGAACAAUAACCGCCCCAUCAAAAUCGCUGGAUGCCAAUGGCAAACAGAAACAUACGUUAGGAGAACAUUCUGAAGAGUCUGUAGCUUCCAAGCGGCGUCGUCUCCAGAAACCACUACCGGAGAUUGUUCCUCGUGAGAGUCAUAUUCGCUCUUCAUUGGCGCGAGAUUCCUCUUCGAGGACACCUUCUUCUACGCCUCACCCGAACGAUAGAUCUCAGCCAUCUGCUGCUGGCAACAACGAACGAGUUACUUUGCAAAGGGCUAAUGAGAAGGCAAGAAAGAUGCUUCCUGAUUCUAUCACUAUUGGAAACCACAGAGAUCAGGGGGAAGAGAACAAUGACUUUUGUCAUCAGUGUGGUCGUGGUGGACAGUUGCUCUGCUGUGACGGUUGUGUUAAGUCCUACCACUUUUCUUGUCUUUCCCCUCCUCUGGACCCGGAGAACCCACCUGAAGGAGACUGGUUCUGCCCUCCGUGCUCAAUCAGUCGACCCAUGCGUGUGCUUCUCAAGAGCCUUGAAAGCCAACGCCAUAAAGACUUCCAACUGCCCGUUUAUUAUCGGAACUACUUUGAAGGUGUCCGAACCGGUCCAUUUGGCAAGUACGAGGAGUAUGUGAAGCCUCUAAAACAUGCAGCGAGAGGGCGAGGCAACAGAUCUGGUCGCUACGAAGACCCAUACUACACUAGACUUUUUGACCAUCGAGGCAUGCUCAUCACUUGCGUAGCAUGUGGCCGCACAUCUGAGGGCCAUCGACCUAUUGUUCAGUGCGACUUUUGCCCAUCUUCCUGGCAUCUGGACUGCAUUGACCCACCCUUGGCAAAUCCCCCAACACAAAAACAGGGGAGCGAAAGGCCAUACCAUAAUUGGAUGUGCCCAAAUCAUGUCAAGCAUCAACUUAAGCAAUACGAUGAGGGUGCCGAGCGCUGGAGGAAGAUUCGUCGCCCCCGUAACGCUAGAAUCCAUGACAUUGAUGUCAUCGUUGACGACAAACAGAUUGAGGAAUUAGAAGAACGAGAUGUUGGUGGUGUCAUCCUCCGCGUUCCUGAGAGAGGCAUUGAGCUUGAUUUUAUUACGCGUGUUAAGCAGCGACAUAUGGAGCAUCAUGCUUUUAACGAGAGUGUCCAGAAGUUUUAUCAGUAUUCUAAGGAAAAACUAGAUGCACUUGUCUCCAAGCAGAUGGAAUUUUACUCUUCACAGCGUCCAGUGGAGACGCCUUCAGAGGACCCGACGACUGCUAUACUCAAUUCUCGUACCAUUGCCGAACGUGAAGCUGCGACGAAUCUGAUUGACUUCGCUCGGAGCCACCGAAUCACCACCGAGAAAAUCGCCGAAUCCGGCAAGAUCAACCUCCUAAUUGAUCAGUUGAAGGCGAAUGCCCCGGCUAAUCUCCCCGGUGCUGAAACCGAGAUCGCAUCUCUCCGAGCUCUUCAAGAGCUUAUUGAGCAGCGCAUCCAAGUCCUUAUCUCAGAAAAGAAGGCCUAAUUUAAUUGCCGAAGGCGAUAUAGUAUAGGGUCGACGCUUCAUGAGAGAUCUAUCUUAUGCGGUCUUCUGCUCCGACCCGUGCAUCAAAAUCAUCGAGAGAGAAAAGAAUAGAAGAAAGAAUUUUAAUAAGGGUGAGAAGAAAGGGCUCAUUCAGCGAGGAGAGAAUAGGGAAAGGGUUAUCCUUGCUAGCUUGUUUACUUCUUUGUGUGUUCGUUCGGUACCUAGAAUAUUGACCCAAUCCAGUCCACAACCCGCGCCGGUUUUGGUGUAGGGGCUGUAUUUUGCUUCAACAAAUACUAUACAUACAUACAAAUUCGAUAAAAUAAACCAUGUUAGAAGGUAUCUGAAUG